AAGAAAAUACAAGCCGAGUUGUAUAGAAUAAAAGACUCAACAGGAUUAAGAAAGCAAUCCAGAUUGAUCAGUUCAGCAGACGGUCUGUAGGAGCUUCUUGCGUGUGAUGAUCCGCCAUGCCGCCACUUGAUGGCCAGGAGGAAUUCAGAGCACAGCACAGAACAAAUGACGAGUCUUGUUUUCGCCUAACGCUGUACUGUACUGUCCCUUCUUCGGGCACUGUAUCUUUUGCCAACGGCGGCAAUGUCACCUCUUCCAGGACUCGGGUUCCAGAGCCGACGAGCACGGUUGCCUCCGAAUCUGGGUUCUGGGUCCGUGAACUUCAAGGACUGUGCAGGAGGAGGAGGAGGAGGUUUCGGAGCGUCAUCGGAAGGUCCAUCAUAUCUAUGAUCUGGUGUAUUCCUUCUCUUGUGCGUUGAUCGGGUUCUGCACCUUUUGGGAUUCUGUGUCCGUUUUGGAUGAUCUCGUCGCCUGGUGUCCCUCUCCUGCGGUUCUUGUCAGCUGCCGCGUUUCCUCUGCAACGCCUUCCAGGUUCUUCCCUCGGGUUCGGCCACUCCCUGACCAGCGGUUCGCUUCCCGGCUCAUCUGAUUUCCAUCCGCGAACCGCCUUCGCGAGACCUCCGCAUUUCUCCGCCCGAUCGUUCCUCCGAUCAUUCAGGCGUUGUCCUGAACGUAGGGGCCGUUUCCUUUGGUGCAUUAUCCGCCCUGGGUCAUGUGUCGCCUUCCAGAAACAUGUUUCUAGUUUCUCAUGGGCUUUUAUAGAGUGAUGCUCAUGGUGUUGCGUGUUGCCUCUAGCACUUCGUGCAGACGCGUCAUAAGUCGAUCCACGCUGACGGCCAAGACGCCACGUAGCACAAGGAGGGGAGUCCGAGAGCCAAGAGCGGAUGAAAGCCAAAUCGAGAGGGUCAGUGAAGACCGGAAUGAAAAUAAGUGAGCAGACGGAACAAACAAACAAACAAGCAUUCAACGUAUCACGAAGGGCAAGACCGACGCAGAAGAUAGGAGAUUUGAGGCUGUCAUUUUCUACCAUACCGCCCAAGACGAUUCAAAAGUUCUUCUACUAUGCUGCGAAGUUCGUAGACAGAGAGCCAUUGUUUGUUUACUCGAGAAAGCGUCGCCUUUUAACUUUCGUUGCCGCGAAAAGUGCGUAGCAAAGCAAUUUUAUAAGAUGUGAUGUCUAGUCCCCUCCUGCAAUUUUCAACACAAAAGAGGUUGACGUACAGUUCGAAAGAGGUUCGAAGUGAGAGUACGUCGCCGUAUCUGAGUCGAGCUGAAAAGGAGAGCGUGGUUUGAGUUCUUCGAGUGGGGCCGGAGGUGGAGGAGUAGUCUUCUGAACUCCUGGCCAGCACUUUAGCGAAACCUUGGUGAACGUACUUUUGAUGUUUUUCCUGAGGCUGAAUGGAAAUGCAAAGGUUAAAAUUUAGAGCUACAGAGUUCCUUCUUUUUAAGGCACGGCUGUGAAAAGAAGCCGUUAACUGUAAAGGAGGUGGCUGGUCACUCCAAUGCAGGUGCAUCAUGCGUCUCGAAAAUAUACGUCUAAAAUGCACAACGCCUGAUCAUCUGGUCACAGGAUUAUUUCGAAAUCAAUUAUUGAUACAUCUGGUGUUACAGCGUGUCUGAAGUCAACUUCUGCUGUUUCAGAAAUGGGAAAGAAUGUAACUCG